CGCCUCCUGCGGCUCUACCCUGUGCUCACCAAGGCGGCCACCAGGUCGGCGCGGAGCGGCAGCGGAGCGGACGGGGCCGGGCGGGGGGCGGCCCGGAGCUCGGACGCCCAAUGACCCAGCUCCAUAGGUGCAUCCAACGUGGGGUUUGAACAUGAAAGGCAAAAUCCCGGUGCAUCAAAAUGACCCUCCAGAGGCCUUAAAUUAACCAGAAAGCUCAGCACGUGCGCUUCUGUGUAUUCGGUUCCGAUCCGUAACUCUUAGGCACCCUAAAAUAUGGACCCAGGGGCCAGACUAAAGGAGUGCGCGAGACGAAGGACCUGCUACAGACCUGGGGGGCUCCAGCCCCUCUUGCCCCGGAGUGGCAUUUUGUCAGCACUUGGGAACUUCCUGGCCCAGUUGAUUAAGAAGAAGCAGAAAAAAGAAAACUCUCAAAAGCUAGAUGUCAACGGACCUCUCAGAUAUGCCGUUUAUGGGUUCUUUUUCACAGGGCCGCUGAGCCACUUCUUCUACCUCUUCAUGGAGCAUUGGAUCCCUCCCGAGGUCCCCUUGGCGGGCGUCAAGAGGCUCCUCCUGGACCGCCUCCUCUUCGCACCCGCCUUCCUGUGGUUGUUCUUCCUCAUCAUGAACUUCCUGGAGGGAAAGGAUGCGGCCACCUUCGCCACCAAGAUAAGGAGAGGAUUCUGGCCGGCACUGCAGAUGAACUGGCGAGUCUGGACCCCCUUGCAGUUUAUUAACGUCAACUAUGUCCCUUUGCAGUUCCGGGUGCUUUUUGCCAACUUGGUGGCUCUGUUCUGGUAUGCCUACCUGGCCUCUCUGGGGAAGUGAAGAUGACCUGGAGAGGGCGUCAGACACACUGACAUGGUGGGGUAAGAGAGCAGGAAACAACCCAGCCUGGCUCUAGAUCAUGUGAUUCAAGAUGACCCUAAAAUGAUGGAUGGAGAAACAGGAAUCUCUUAAUGUCAGAAUCUUGUUUUAAAAAGGCAGUUGCCGUCCUCAGGUGGUACUGCCCUAGAAACUUAAAAUACAGUAGAGAUGAUUUCACCUGUCACCUUGGAUUGAAUUAGGAUCACAAUAAACUGUAAUGUAGCUUUUUAA